AUGGCUGGCGAGGCCAUCAAGGUCGUCGCCCGCUUCCGGCCGCCGAGCGCGCGCGAGGCCGCGUCGCAGCAGUCCGCGCCAGCCUUCCGCUUCGCCGACGAUGGCCGCACCGUCUCGCUUGCCGAGGAUGGCGGCGCGAGCCACACCUUCGACGCGGUGCUGCCAAUGUGGGCGACGCAGGCUGAGACGUACGGGCACGUCUCCGGCAUCGUCGACGCCGUGCUUCAGGGCUACAACGGCACCAUCCUCGCCUACGGCCAGACCGGCUCCGGCAAGACGCACAGCGUGAUGGGGACGGCGGCCGACCCGGGCGUGCUUCCACGAGCGGUUCAGCACCUCUUCGAGUCGCUGAGCGGCGCCGAGUUCGACCUCACCUGCUCCUACCUCGAGAUCUACAAGGAGGUGGUGCGAGACCUGCUCGAGACUGACCGACCGACCGACCGCCAGAGCCUGCUGGCGGGCGGGGCGGCGGGUGGGCGGGCGAUCCGCGAGACGGCCAAGGCGGGCGUGUACGUCGAGGGGCUGCGCCAUAUGAAGGUGGCGAGCGAGGCGGACGUGCUCGAGGUGCUGCAGUGCGGCACGCCGCUGGGCAACGCGCAUCGGAUGGUCAGCGCGACUCUGAUGAACAGCCAGUCCUCUCGCUCGCACGCGCUACUGACGCUCACGCUGCAGCAAACGUCAUCCGAUGGGUCGGUGCGCGUCUCGAAGCUGAACAUCGCCGACCUGGCCGGCUCCGAGAAGAUCUCAAAGACGGGCGCGGCCGGAGGCACACUCAGGGCCGGAGUGACGCUCGACGAGGCGAAGAAGAUCAACGGGUCGCUCUCUGCGCUCAGCCACGUCAUCUCCGCCCUCGCCGACGGGAAGGCGCACGCGCACGUGCCGUACCGCAACUCGAAGCUGACCCGCGUCCUGCAAGAGUCGCUCGGAGGCACGAGAUGA